AUGGUUCUUCCAAGGAGGUUCUCUAGACCUUGUACCCUUAUUCUAUCCAACUCGCAUACAUGUUAUCUAGUGCUUGUCUUCGUGUUCCUCUACGGACUUGCGAUAAAUCUAGCUCGCCUAACAUGUUGGCGUGAUCCAACAUCGGCCUUCUUCGCCGAGGACCAAGCGUACAAGCCUAUGUACUCAGUCCUCCGUACAGAGCAAGCGAAUGCACUCGUUCAGCACGCCAAUAGCAAUACCCCUCCCAUUCAGUUUCAAACUAAGGCAUCCACUCACCCAAAGGUGUGUGUAGGUAUUGCCUCCGUGGCACGGAAGGGUGCAGAUUAUCUGCAGGGCGCGGUCGGGUCAGUGCUAGAGGGCCUUACUGCGGCAGAAAGGGAAGAACUAUACCUCAUCAUCUUGAUCGCACACUCAAAUCCAGCGGAGCAUCCAGCAUAUGUGGAGCCGUGGCUUCAAACCCUUGCCGAUAAGGUGCUUGUCUACGAUCCGGAUUUGGUGGAUAUAGAGUAUAUCCGGACUUUGGAGACGCCAGAAGCGAAGAGGUUUGCCCGCGAAAAGGGCCUCUUGGACUAUACCUAUCUUCUCAAAACAUGCGGGUCUCUAAAUACCUCAUACACCGUUAUGCUUGAGGAUGAUGCUAUUGCUCUGGAUGGCUGGUAUCAUCGUACUAAACAUGCACUAGAUGUUGCUGAGCGGAAGUCAGAGGCGGAAGGGGUUGAGCAGUGGCUAUACCUUCGACUCUUCUACACUGAGAUAUUCCUGGGAUGGAACUCGGAAGAGUGGCCCAUCUACCUGUUCUUUUCUCUCCUUGCUGUAUCUGUGGUCACGGCCAUAACAGCAGUUAUACGGUACCUUUGUCCAGCUACGGCUAGAUACCUUUCGAACGAGACAAUUGCCCUUCUCUCCUUUGGGGUUACUCCCCUUCUGAUCGUCCUCUUUUUUGCUGCCGGACGGAACACCAUGCUUCCUAUACAUGAGGGUGUCCACGCGAUGCCCAAAUUCGGCUGCUGCUCUCAGGGCUUCGUUUUCCCACAAGACCGCAUCGACGAUUUAGUGUCUUGGUACGAAACUCAAAAGGUUGGGUACGUCGACAUGCUCACAGAGAAGUAUGCCAAUCAAAACAAGGAGGAGCUCGAAGACAAACUUGCUGAAAGAAUCUGGAAUUUCAGGUUUGAGGAGAAUGAUCCCGGAGAAUUACGUCUAGAGCAUAGGCUGCAAGAUGAAGGAGUGUAA